CGACGACGAUAGACGGUGAAAACGUGACGUACCAAUUUUAUAUUACGGUUGUCUGACGCGGAGGCGAGAGCCCGCGCUCUCGGAGCUUUUUGCGAGGUAUAAUACAUUUUCCCGCGGUGCGCGCGGGGACAGAGACACGGAGACCAGGCUGCCACGAGCCACGCGUGGCGGAUCUCGCUAAACACACCACGCAUCAGGGGCUUGAAAGCUUUCCUCUCGCACGCGACGACUAUAACACAAUCGUCGCGCGGCGCGAAACACUCUCGGUUGCUCCCUGUUGUACCGUUAUGGAGACCCUCGAGUCGAGCCGCGUGUGCCGUCUCUGCGGCAAGCAAUCCGGUAUCUCUAUUAAUAUAUUCGACAAGAAUGAGAACCACGUGAAGAAAAUCAACGCCGUUCUACCGAUCAUGGUGCAUGAGAUGGACCUGUUGCCGAAACACAUGUGCCAUCGGUGCAGCUACAAGCUGGAGGAGUUUCACAAGUUUUACGUCGACUGUCUGAAAACGGACGCGAACCUGAAGAGUCAGUUGUCCUGGAUGAGAAAGGAGGAUCCCCAGGAGAGGGUCGGUAUACCGAUGGUGCAGAUCGAGAACGUGAAGAUCAAGAUCGAGCCGCCCGAUUACGACGCGUACAACAUCAGCCCGAUGGCUGACAACGUGAACUACAUUAAUUCCGUGGCGUUCCAGCCGAACGAUCUCUCGUACGCCGCCGCUGCGUACAGAUGCAGGUGUUGCUGUGAUAAAAUGGACCAAAGCAAUCGAAAUCUAUCAACGAAUUAUCAACGUACCGCGAUGUCGCGAUGCAAUCGGAACGGUAACAUCGAGACCGUGACCAAUGGUCAGGCGAACGGCACGUUGCUGGUGAAGAGGAAUCUCUUCAACGAUAGAACGUUUCAAGAACAGUCGAACGUACCGACCACCGUUACUGGAAACAAGAAAAAAACGAAUUCUUCGGAUAUAAAACCUAUGGAAGAUGUGAAAAGUAUGACCGUCGUUAACGAAGAGGUAACGAAAAGCGUGUUUGUCCGGAACUUGAGACCCAGGAAGAUAUCUGUGAACUAUAUGGGAAGUAAAAGGAAACCAGCUGCGGCGCAUACAUCGAAGACACCGAAAUCGGAUGUAACCACGCCACAGCUGGAGUUCGAGGCGACGCAGAUCAAGUUGGAGAAGUUCGACGACUUUGACGGUCGUAUUCUCAGACCCAGGAAAGGGACGGUCGAUUAUGUAGGGCCGAAGAGGAAGUACUCCAGGAAUAAAAACCAAAGAUCGAGGGUAAAUGGAUACAGAGUGGACGAGCAUAAAGUUCGUAACAUAGCGAGUAAAUUGAAGGUACCGUCUAGGGAGGUGUCGAUAGGGGAUAUGAUUAGCUCCGUGAAGCAAGAACACCUUUCCGAUCUCGAGGAUAACCCGUCGGACGAACCGUUGGCGUCGUUGUCGAGCAACGAACGAAGCUCCAAUCUGGCCAAUGAAAUUGGCGCGUUGUCCAACGAUCUUCUAGCGAACAUUCAAAACGAGAGAGUGAAUUGCGUUGUAUUGGGUUCAGCGGAAUCCUUAGUCGCCCUCGACAAAUUGAAGUCCCCGAGGAUCACGUCGAGAAGCAAACCGAAAUCGGAGAGGGUGAAUUUGAACGGGAUCGCGGAUACUGGGUAUUCGACCAAGUAUUUGAGGAGUCACGAUGUGAUUCUUCGAAACGGCAGGAUAAAGAAGUUGGGCAACACCGAGGUGUCCGCUAGGAAAUUACGGAGAAGCCUUCGAAAUCUAAGCGAGGCGGGUAAACCGACCGAGAGGGACCUGAUGAAGGCGAUCAGAGGCAUCGUCACCGCCAAGAAUAUCUCAGCGUCGAUAAAGCUGGUCGAUAAUAAUAUUAAGCACUAUUGCGAGGAAUGCAACACGAAGUUCGUUAGCAAAGAGUUAUUUAAAUUGCACGUGUGUUAUCAUUGAACUCGCCGCCGGCUUAUGGGAUGAAAUAGAGAUAUAUAUGUAUAUAUAUAUUUUUAUUCGAGGAGAUUUUAACGAAUAUUUUCAAUCAGGUUCGCGUUCAUUGUGUAACGUGUGGUAGGAUAGAGCUAGGGACUCUUAACCGGGAAGGGAGCAGUGUCUCUGAAUAGUACUCCCGGUUAUAAGAUAUCGAAAAAUAUUGGGACCGUAGCGAGGAAGUACUUUCGCGAGCAUGAACCAGCGAGUAAUAUAUAUAUGUACCUUUAUCCGUGUAUUUUGAUAAUGAGAGCGAUAGGGAAGCGUUAAUAUAAUACCUUAUUAUUUUUAUGAACGACAAAUGUACACUUACAAGUGAUUGUCAGACGCUGACGCAAAAAAAAGACGGCGACAAAUGUUACAAUAUAUACGCUUAAGGAGUUUAUGUACAGUCAGUCACAAAAAAAAGGGAACUUUACGUACAACCCAUAAACUUGCAAUAUUACGAACAAGCUUUUCGUGAUAUAAACG